AUGCUUCUUACUUCCACUCUCCAGGCCGGCAUAUUCGCGGUGCUGACAUUGACCUCCCACAGUCUGGGAUCCAUGGUCUACGAGGGCGGUACCAUCAUCAGCUUCAACGAGACAACAGAGGAGCUUCAAGUCCUACGGAAUGCAUCUCUACUCAUCGAGAAUGAUCGCAUAACAGGACUGUUCGAGGGAUAUCUCCAAGCACCAGCCAAUGUCACUCGGGUGGAUGCGACAGACAAGAUCAUCAGUCCAGGCUUCAUCGAUACGCAUCACCAUUUGUGGCAGACUGCCUUCAAGACUAUCGGCUCCAACACCUCUCUGGCAGACUAUUUCCAAAAGUUUGGCGAGUAUGGUCCAGCUGAAGAGCACUUCACGACAGACGAUCUUUACGUCGGCCAACUGACUGGAGCCUUGGAGCUUCUGUACGAGGGCACUACGACAGUCCUAGACCAUGCGCAUGCCAGUUUCUCAGAUGCAACCACGGACGCUUGCGUCAACGCUACAUUCGACAGCGGUGUAAGGACAUUCUAUGCUCAUGCCAUUCACAUCAUCCCGAACGGCUACUCAUGGGAAUCGCAAAUUAGCAAGCUCCAAUCUUUGGCUGCAGACCCACGAUUCGCGCAGACGGAUCCGGAUAGCUUGAUCAGCCUUGGUCUUGGCUGGGAUGCGUUCUACAAUGCGCCAGAAACCAACAUCACAGAGCUUUGGAACAAUACCAGAUCACUCAAUUUGUCGGUCGUCACAACUCACUUCCUCGGUGGUCCAUUCAGUGAUACCAAUAGUCCGACUGCACUGCACUCGUACGAAUGGCUGAACGACACUGUUCCGAUUGUGUUCAGCCAUGCCAGCUUCAUGGAUUAUGGCGAUGCAGACCUGUUGCGACAAACGAACCAAUACAUCUCGACCACACCGGAAUCCGAGCUGCACUUUGGACACAACCACCCCGACGCCCAUCUCAUCCAAGACCAAGCAGCCCUCGGCGUCGACUGCCACUUCACAUACAGCUCCAGCAUGGUACAGCAAGCACGACUCUGGCUACAGACCCUUCGCUGGCCAAAUUACCUGGUACCACUGCAGAACUGGCAAGUCCCCAAGAACAACCCCAUGUCCGUCCAGCAAGCCUUCUACCUCAUCACAAGAGCCGGCGGCCUAGCCCUUCGCCGAGAUGACCUUGGUGUGAUCAAAGUCGGCGCGAAAGCAGAUUUCGCCAUCUUCCGGACUGAUGCACCAAACAUGAUUGGCUGGAGUGAUCCAGUCGCUGCGAUCAUCUUGCAUUCUGAUGCUGGGGAUAUUGAAGAUGUGCUGGUCGAUGGGAAGUAUGUGAGAAAGGGUGGGAAGUUGGUCUAUCCGGAUUAUACGGCUUUGAGGAAGAGGUUGACGAAGUCUGCCGAGCGGAUACAGAGGAUCUGGACGGAGGAAAUUGAGUGGCCUGCACUUUCUGGUGUGCUGACUGAGGGCGCUGCGCCGUAUGGUGAGGCGGAGGAUAUUGAUACGCAGAGAGGGGAUGGGACCGGAUAUUGA